AUGGUGAUCACGAGAAAGCUGAGAGUAUGUGAUCACGAGAAAGCUGAGAGUAUGCUUAGCUGCCGCUCAACGUCUUUGCGGCAGUUACCCGGGUCGUUUCAAGUGCAAGAGCCAGAUGGAGAUGUGGUGGAAGAUGAAGAUGAUGGGAUCGCUUCAGGUGACCGUGUGAAAAGCUGUUCAGGCUCAGUGGGAGGAGAUCUAUCGUCGACUAGUGAUAGUAGAGAUGCUGGCGAUGAUUAUCAUGUUAAGACAAUCCUUUUGACGAUCGACGCGUGCUCGACGACCGAACGGACUUUUUUUACUAUGAUAUCGAGCUACCUGAAAGCCUGA